AUGGUAUCCCGGUCUGGAACCACUCAAUCUCAACAGCCACUAGACCUACGUAUGUUUGAAAGUGCCCUACGCCUUUUUGAUGAUCAGAUCAACCGCUCGUCUUACGAUGCCAACCACUGGGUCCGACGCGGAUCUUUCAUGAGAGAACAUGGGUUUCCUGAGAUUGCAGUAGGAGAUGCUUUCAAGGCCAAGCUUCUGUUGGAUCGCGAACCUGCCAAUCUUGAGGCAAGGAAAGCAGUCUACGAAAUCCUUGGUCAAGCUCUUUUGGGUUGCCACUGCCAUUGGGAAGCAGCUGAAUUGUGGGAAGAAGCAUUGAAACAAUAUCCCAGAUGGGGUAUGGCGGGUGAGAAAGCUACUGACCUCCGCGAGCUUUUGAGGAGGAAGGAGGCCGCAGCUGCAUCACUGGGAGGCACGCCACAAGAGCAGAAAGAUAGACUAAAAGACGGAGGCGUAUUCACAGUGAAUUACCGAUGGACGGAGUUCUCCUGGACGCCAGAGCGCUCUCUCACAAGAUCCUCGAAACUUGUAGCUCUGAUUAACGAAGAGCUUCGUGGGAAAGAUGGUGAAACAACAUGCUACCUCGCUCGAAGCACCCUCGCUGCGGAUGGAAACGACGACAUGCUAGGCAUGUUUGCCAGCCAUGAAAUGCAAAACGGCGAGUGUAUACUAACCGAUCGCACCGCAACAGGUGUCUGCAGUACUCCCGCACCAAACUCACGCGCUAACUGCUACGCUUCCCUCCCAGACACGCCUCAACAAGCCCCAUGUUGUUCCGAAGCCUUCUGCUCACCCGAAUGUCUCAACCUUGCGAUGAAAACCUACCAUAAAGCCCUCUGCGGCAAAGACUUUACCUGGCUCCAACGCCCCACCGUCGGCCUCUCCCACAACGCCUCACCCCUACGCCCCCUUCUUAUGCUCCGCUUCCUCACCACCGGCGUUCAAAAUCUUACCCUCAGACCACCCACUCAUCGCGCGCCUGCAACCGCUCUCCAACAAACACCACAUCGACGUCUUCACGCUCACCGAAUCCGUCGCUAUCCCUCUCAAGAUCCUCGAGCAGCUAGGCGUGGACAUCUUCGCCAACCGCAACUUCGACACGGGUGUCUUACAGCCCAUAUGGACGCGUCUGGCGAACAAUAA